AUGAAUCCUACGUCAAUUAUGUUCGACACUGAUAACAUAAACGAUAACAUAAACGAUAACAUAAACGAUAACAUAAACGAUAACAUUAACGAUAACAUUAACGAUAACAUUAACGAUAACAUUAACGAUAACAUUAACGAUAACAUUAACGAUAACAUUAACGAUAAAAUUUAUUUCCUGGACUGUUGUCAAAAUGUCAUGUUGUCAUCAUUUUUAAAAGAAGUUAAUUAA